CCUCACGCCAACUCCAUUGCUUAUCACUUUCCUCAAUACAUCCAAAAACAGUCAAAUUCCCUCUCCAAAUUUCCCCCCUAUAUAAAUUGUAAAUUACAAAAUACCACCCAAACCCCUUCCCCUUUCUGUAAUUUCUCUAAUUUCUCAUGACAAUAUCUCCCCAAGCAUUCCUGCCGCCAAAACGCCGGCCCUCGGCGGGGGCGUUCAUGUCGCCCAAGCUCUCCGACCAGACCCUCCUCCGCUCCCUCCACCAUCUCUCCCUUGAAAUCUCCUCCCUCGAGCCUCUCCAGUUCCUCCGCCACCGCACCUCCCGCUCCAUGAUCCGCAGGUCAACCCUCCUCUCCAUCCUCUUCGAAGACAUCAUCAGGAGCUCCACCGCCGUCUUCUCCCCCUCCGCCCUCCUCUGCUUCCAGGAGCUCUACAUCCUGCUCCAGAGGAUCCAGACUCUCAUGGAAGAUUCCUCCAACGGGAGCCGGAUGUGGCUCCUCCUCCAGACCGAGUCCCUCGCCAACAGCUUCCACGAGCUCACCCUCGACCUCUCCACCUUGCUUGACAUCCUCCCCGUCAAGGAGCUCCGAUUAAACGACGAUGUCGGGGAGGUCGUCUCCCUUCUCCGCAGCCAGUGCUCCCGCAGCACCACAAAAUCGCUCGUCGAUCCGAGAGACGACGCCCUCCGCCGCGAGGUUUGCUCGAUGCUCGACCGCCUCAGGAACGAGAUCGUCCCCGACCACUCCAAUCUCUCUGACAUUUUCGCGCAAUUAGGGAUUGGCGACGCGUCGAAUUGCAGAGAGGAGCUCGAGAGCCUCCAGGACGAGUUCCAGAACCAGACGGAGGAGAAAUCCAAGUCGCAGCUCAUCGCCCUCGUCGGACUCGUUCGCUACGGCAAGUGCGUGUUAUUUGGAGCAUCCACACCGGGAUCGGACCUAAUCCGCCGUAGAUCGGCAUCGGAAUUAAGUUUCCCGGUGGAUUUUCGGUGCCCGAUCAGUUUGGAGCUAAUGCGGGACCCGGUCACCGUGGCCACCGGCCAGACAUACGAUCGUGAUUCCAUCAAGCUGUGGAUUGAAUCAGGACACAACACGUGUCCCAAGACAGGUCAGGCCCUGGCCCACACGGAGCUCAUACCGAAUCGCGCGUUGAAAAAUCUCAUCGCCAUGUGGUGCCGCGAGCAGAGAGUCCCUUUCGAAACCGCGGAGAACAAUAGGGGGCUGGUCAACGCCGUCAAAAAGAACAAGGCGGCGCUAGAAGCUGCGCGGAUGACCGGCUCGUUUUUGGUCAACAAGCUUUCGGUGUCUCAGUCGAUGGAGGCGGCGAACGGCGUCGUUUACGAGCUCCGGAGUCUGGCGAAGACGGACUCCGACUGUCGCGCCUGCAUUGCGGAGGCCGGGGCUAUUCCUUUGCUGGUACGGUACUUAAGCUCGGACGUGGGAGAGACCCAUCCGAACCUGCAGGUUAACGCCGUGACGACGAUUCUUAACCUUUCUAUUUUGGAAGCGAACAAAACGCGGAUCAUGGAGACUGACGGAGCUCUUAACGGCGUUAUCGAGGUGCUGAGGUCGGGGGCCACCUGGGAGGCGAAGGGGAAUGCGGCGGCUACGAUAUUCAGUUUAUCAGGUGUGCACGCGUACAGGAAGAGACUCGGGAAGAAGACACGUGUCAUAAAGGGGUUAGUGGAGCUGGCUAGGGAUGGGCCCGAGCGCGGGUGUUUUAAAAAGGACGCCAUGGUGGCGAUACUGAAUUUGGCGGGAGAGAGGGAGGCAGUGGCGAGAUUGGUGGAAGGUGGGGUGGUGGAGAUGACCGUGCAAGUGAUGGAGGGGCUGCCGGAGGAGGCGGUUACUGUGUUGGAAAUUGUGGUGAGAAGCGGCGGACUACUGGCCACUGCGGCGGCGUAUCGCGCGAUUAGAAAAUUGGGGAGUGUGUUGAGAGAAGGGUCGGAGAGGGCGAGGGAGAGCGCGGCGGCCACGCUGGUGACAAUCUGUCGAAAAGGGGGAUCGGAGAUGGUGGCAGAAUUGGCGUCAAUGCCGGGGAUUGAGAGGGUGAUAUGGGAAUUGAUGGGGGUGGGGACGCUGAGGGCGAGGCGGAAGGCGGCGUCUCUAUUGAGGAUUCUGAGGAGAUGGGCUGCCGGUUUGGAUAGUGAGGUAGCGGAGGGGGGAUAUUCAACGGUGAAUCAUGUGAGUACAUCGGCAACAACAACAGUGGUAGCAAGCUGAUUAAAUUUGACGGUCACUAAUUUGGUCGAAUUUGAUUGUAAAGAGAAAAAAAAUCCCAUUCAUUCUUUGAUAUAUUUGUUUCCAUUUUCUUUGUUUCGAUUUGUUUCACGAUUAGAUGAAAAAAAAAUCCCUUUCAUUCUUUAAUAUAUUUGUUUCCAUUUGUCUCA